AUGGAAUCCAAAAACCCUACUCUCCCAGAUGUCCUCCUCUUUGAGGGGCAGGAAGGGUUCGCUCCCAGCGGCGCCUUCUCUGCAGCAGUGUCCAAACCCAGCUUCCCGCUUCAAGACCACGCCUAUGGGCGAGCUUCAGAAAAGGUUUACGAGGCCUGGGCAGCCGGUGAAGUGCUGGGUCGUCCAAGUAGCAGCGACACAGAAGAUCUCUUGCAAUUCCUGAUUAACCCAAACGACAUCUACGAAUCGAGGAGGCCCGUCGCCUCGCCAGAGAGUGACAGCGGGAUCUCAGACGAUCCCCACGCGGACCCCCCUUUGCAGAGUGAGCUUGGCCCCCCGAACUUAUCGGCCACCGUCAUCUAUGAGGUUAUUUGUGACAUGGGCAUGGUGGAGGAGGCGACCGGGCCUGAUCCUGUCUUCUCCAACCCCUUAGAGAACUGGACAUCUCCAGCAAUACUUCCUGAGGCCUGUGUUAUGAGCGAAGUGUCACUCGGGCUCUUGGAGAAUGUGACCAGAUCCAACAUGGAAGACAUUCCUAUGCCCCAGGAUACUUUCGAGCCACUGCAGCUCCAGGGCCUCUACUUGACGGAGGAGGAAAAACGGCUCCUGAGCGAGGAAGGGGUCUUGCUGUGCUCCGACCUCCCCCUCACCAAGGCGGAGGAACGGAUCCUGAAAAAGGUGCGGAGGAAAAUCCGGAACAAGCAGUCGGCGCAGGACAGCAGACGGCGCAAGAAAGAAUAUAUUGAUGGGCUGGAGAGUCGGGUGGCAGCUUGUUCUGUGCAGAACCAGGAACUGAGGAAGAAAGUGCAGGAACUAGAGACCCACAACAUGUCCCUGGUGGGUCAGCUUCAGAAGCUACAAGGACUCAUUAAACAGACCUCCACGAAGGCAGCCCAGACCAGCACUUGCCUUGUGAUCCUCGUCUUCUCCCUUGGGCUUUUCAUCCUGCCCAGCUGCAGCUCCUUCCUUGGGGGGACCCAGGUUAGCCGGGUUGACUACAAGCCGUCUGGAGUGAUUUCCCGACACAUCUUGACCAAGGGCAGCCUUUCUGAUCCGGACGAGUCUCCCACCACUCGCAGCCCAGAAUCGCCCCGUGUUCAAAUGGAAGAACCCCGAGAGGACCCUGGCGCCAGUGACGGGGACCCAGCGGCCGCUGGUAACCCUGACACUGUCAGGGAGACCAUGAUCGCCAACACGUCUGAUCCAGGGUCACCGAGCAACGUCAAGGAAGCUAAUGCCAGGAGGCCCCAGCCGGAGAAAGACCUUAAAAAGCAAAUGCAUGCAGAUGAGAUGUAG